CUGGCGCAGCCGUGGCGUCCCCUAUCAGGCAAAACAACAUGGAGUCUGAAUUUGGCUACUAGGAAAAGAUUUGCAGUCAAAACUGCAUACCAAUGUGAUCCCUGGCCUGAUUGGGAUUACACGGCGCGACACACCGGGACGCAUGUGCCAGUCGUGAGAGUUGUGCGUCUUCGAUAGAAAUACAGCAUGACGACGGCUGGUUAAGGUUACGGCACUCCUGCCAACCAGGCCAAAUACCGUGAGUAACGUUAUUUGCAGAAUACCGUCACCAGGGAAAUUAAGUCUGGGGUGCCUUGGGCUUCGCUUUGACAUAAUAGCCGGCUAGGACCGCAUCAUUUGGGAUCAGUCAUUUUGGCGAGGUUAGAUCUUCAUCAGGAAAGAUGUUCCUCCUCCGAAAUACCCAACGUAUUGCGAGUGCAACAUACAUCUGUUAUUGAUGUCUUAUAUUGAGUAUGGAGUAAUCAUUCGGGCAUCUUUCUCACGAAAAGGGGGGAAGAGGCUGCUUCUCCAACUGCAGACAGCUCAAAUUAGGUCAGAACGUCCCAAAAUUCGAGCCGCGGAUGCAGCGACGAGCUUGAUGCAGACAAUUGUAGGAACACGGCAAAAACGCUGUUAGUAACAAGAAGUUUCACAACUUGGAUUUCUUGUUUUGUGGAUUGCCAACUUCAUUAGAAGAUGUUAACCGUGUGGACCACCUGAACUGCAUCUUACCGUAUGGCAUCAAAUAGCCAAAUCUGUAUUUGAUUGACUGUGAAGUUGGGGUCCUAGUGUAAUUGUUGCGGCAGUAUACACACUGUACGAUGUGAUCUUAGAGUACCGUUUGUGUAGCAAGAGCCUUCUGUGCACUGUGGGGACCAUGGAACCUGGAGGCUGUGCACACACCUCCUCCGGUGAUCAGCGCACCUUCGGGAUCAGCCAGGGGUCUCUUACCCCAGCCGGAGCACAGGGCCCUGCAUCGCCCACACCCACUAACCGCACCUUACAGGGUCCCUGCUCCUCGGAUGAGACGGAGGAGCUGGGCAGCGGUACGCUCUUUCUGUGUAAGAAUGGAGACAGGGACUCCGACGGCACCAAGCCAGGCCUACUCUCCAAGCUGGACAUAGCGAGAGCAGCACAUAGGAGUUCCAAGACCUCCGCCUUCCCAUCUUUGACCUGGGACUCAGACUCGGAGAAAGAGGCGCAGGACGAAGAGGAGCUGCAGCACUUUUGUAACCCUCAUGGCCUUGCUGCCCACAGUCCCGGGUCGCCCACCUCCGGAUGUGAGCCUGGCGGAAUCGUCCAAGAAGGUCAGCAAAUACCAGAGGGACCUAAGCCUUCGCUGCCUGAGGAAGAGUCGCUCAUCCCUGUCCAAGACCAAGUUGCCAACACACAGAACGACGGGCCAAGGAGGACACUGUCAACAGAGCUGAAAUCGUUAACUGCAGAAGCCGGGAGCGCUUCCAGAGACAAAGAGACGUUCCCGCCCAAAGCAAAAGCCAAACCAAAGGUGGGCGGCGUCCACAAGGAGGACUCCAGGACGACAGGAGACGACAGACAGCAGCAGAAAGCUAAAGAGGCGGCAGAGGCUGCGGAGAAGGACGUGUACUCCUUCCCCGGGGACUCGGACCCCGAGAGCCCUCCACCGGGCCCCUGGGCCCACUGCACCUUUGUGGAGCGCCGGCGGAGGAAGAGGGCCCUGCUCAGGCCAUUCUCCGGCCUGGGCACCUGGCAGCGCACCGUUCCGGGGGGCUCGGGUCGAAAGCUAAGGGUCGCGGCCCGUAGACCAAAGGAAUGUGGACUUACUACUACUACAGCAGCCAAAAGAGGGGUGUUUAACUACAAGGAGGAAGAAGAGGAGGAGGAGGAUGAAGAGGAAGAGGAAGAGGACCACGAGGAUGAGGCGGAUGGGAAAGGGCCUAAGCUAGACAGCCACAUUAGCACAGCACAGCAGCCAAACCAAGAUGUUUGCCCAGAGAUUUUCACCUGCGUGGAAUGUAGCAUUUACUUCAAGAAGAAGUGCCACCUACAGGAUCACAUGCGAGAGCACAGCCAGAGGGAAGGGCCCAGUAGCGGAGGUGGAGGCGGUGUCAGUAGUGGCGGUGGCAGUAGUGGUGGUGGAGGGACCAGGACUAUGCCCAGCAGACGAGCCAAGACGGCCCUCUACGAGUGCAAAGAAUGCGGGCAGGUGAUGGAGGACAGACUGGCCCUCACCAACCACCAGAGGCGGCACCAGGAGGCCCGGUGCAGGAUCCUGGAGGAGAUCAGCAAGCUGGAGGGAGGAGGCGAGAGCGGGAGCGGGAAGAGGGCGGGGGAGAGGGAGCGGAGCGUCGGCGUGCGUGGCAGCAGCAACAGGGCCCAAACGGAGCCCAGGAGGAAGAAGCAGCAGCAGCAGGCGGCGCCCAUCUGCCACCAGUUUGUUUGUCUUAAGUGCAACUUCAGCACGGACAUUCCGCAGGAGCUGGCCGACCAUGCCAAGCGGGCACACGCUCCUCGGAGGAGAGCUGGCAUGCUGCGCUGCUCGCCUCGCUUGCAGCCAAGCCCUCUCGCCGCGCCCGAGACGAGGCAGUCCUCUGGCGCCAGGCCCGCGGGUCUCGCUGCCGCCACCACCUCCACAACGUUGUCCUGUGAUCAACGCUCCGUGCAGGAAGCUAGCGGCAUCGGUGGGAUUUGUGAGCACCUUUGUCCGGCUCACUCCGCCUCGCAGCAGACUAGCGUCUCCGCUGAGAUGGAGAGACAGAAAGAACAGCCUGGCAUAGAUCUGGCUGCUGUCACUCCCACAGUUGUUCCUCAUCCAGAGACUGUUGAGAAGGACACCUUACCCAGGCACACUCCUCCACAAGAAGUCCCAAAGGAAGAGGCAGCGAACACUUCAGUUACUGCUGCGGCCCCAGGAGAGGAAGACCGCUCUGCCCAGGUGAAGCCUGCAGAGACACAGCCAGACACGGAGAGUACCGUACACGUAUCGCCACCACCACCACCACCGAAGAGGGAGGUGGCUUUUAAGUGCAUUGGGAACCGACGGUCAGCCAGAGGAAAUAGGAGCAACAGCAAGUCAGCAGCACACGCCUUUGCUACCACGGACGACAGAGCUUUGGACAUUACAGGACAACAUGAACAGCAACAAAGUGAAGCAGAACUGGAGGACCAACCUGUGGAGAAGACCAAAGGCAUUCCAGAAGCAUCAGCUGGAACCAGCAGGAUCACAAGCAAAGAUGGUCCAUCAACACAGCAGCAUUACCAACCCCAUGCUUCCUCAACACCCAGUAAGAGUCAGGUGAAGCAGGAGCCAGGCAGGGAGGAAGUCACUAACUCUAUGAGCAGCAAGACCACUGCCAUUAAAGAAGAGAGGGACCAAGAGAAAGAUUACUCUGAUGAUGAGGAUGAGGAAGAUGAUGAGGAUGAUGAUAUUGAUGAGGAUGAUAUUAUCAGGUUCCUGAAUGGACCUCUGUCUGAUGAUGAUGAAGAUGAGAAGCUCAUCAAGAGCAUGGAGAGGAGGUGUCCGUACUGCUCCGAGCGAUUCUAUAACGGCAUCGGCUUGGCCAAUCAUGUUCGAGGGCACCUCAACCGAGUUGGCGUCAGCUACAAUGUGCGUCAUUUCAUCUCCCCCGAGGAGGUCAAUGCCAUCGAGAAAAAGUUUGCCUACCAGAAGAAGAAGAAGAAAGUUGCCAACUUCGACCCGGACACCUUCAGUGUGAUGCGGUGUGAGUUCUGCAGUGCUGGCUUUGACACCCGGGCCGGCCUGUCCAGCCACGCGCGCGCCCACCUGCGCGACUUUGGCAUCACCAACUGGCAGGUGACCGUCUCGCCCAUCCUUGUCCUGCGUGAGCUCUUUGCCAGCAGGCCUGACCUUGUGUUGCCCACGGCCCCGCCACGCACCCCACCGACUCCCGGGGAGCAGAGGGACUCGGAUGUGGAGUCUGAGGCAGAGAGAAGGGGCUCCUCUGCUGGAUUUAAGAGGGGAAAGGCUGAUGAUGUGCUGAGGGAGUCAACACCGCCUCAGUCUAGGAAGAGGCGUAAGGUCUACAGCCAAGAGGGGGAGGAAGAGCAGCAAGAGAAGGGGAGUGAGGAUGAGGAUGACGAAGAUGAGGAUGAGGACGAGAUGCCAGUGCUGGAUGGCGUGGCCCCUGGUAGUCCCGCUGAGGCCCGGCUCUCUGCCCUGGAGUCAAGAGACGGCUCCCCCAGGGAGGAGCAGGACGGCAGAGGCAUGCUGACAUGUAAGAUAUGCGGUGCCCAGUUCGAGACCAAGAGAGGCCUGUCCAGCCACGCGCGCUCCCACCUGAGGCAGCUGGGCGUGGGCAUGUCUGAGAGCAGCGGCGCCCCCAUCGACCUCCUCUACCAGAUCGCCAAGGAGCGCUCUCUCCCCUGCACCACCACCUCCACCUCCCCCUCCUCGCCCCCUCCUCUCUCCUCCAGGACACCCCCACAACCAGACGGUGACCGAGCCCCCUCCUCCCCCAGCACUGCGAAAGAGGAUAAGGAUACAAGUGUACAGCAGUACAAGGAUAUAAGACAGAAAGGAUACAAAGACCAACAGAGUAAGAGCGGAGAAGGUAUGGAGGUGGAGGAGGAAGAGGAGGAUCACCAGCAGCAAGAUGAAGAUGAUGAUGAGGAGGAGGAGGAUGUGAAGCCUCCGGUCCUGUCCUUGGCCCUCCAGCUUACCCCCUCUUCGCCCCACGCCCCUUCCCCAUCUCCGGCCGCCUCCUCCCGGACCCCCUCCGUCUCCCCCUCCCUCUCUGUCAGGUCGCGCUCCCCCUCCCCCUCCCCUGUGCUGCGGAAAGCCCCCAUCUCCUCGCUGCUGCCCGUCUCGUCCCCGCGGCGCUCCCAGGAGGGGAGGGUGGGCCUGGGGAAGGUCAUCACUGUCCAUCCUCCUCCUCCUCAUCCUCCUCAUCCUCCUCCUCCUCCUUCUUCAAUGGCCCCCUCCAAAACCUACUGGACUCCAGAGGACAACGAUACCCCUCUCAACCUCACCAUGGAGCCGGACCCUAACAAGGACAUCGUAUGCCAGCUGUGUGGCGCCUGGUUCGAGACGCGUAAGGGCCUGUCGAGCCACGCCCGGGCCCACCUGCGCCACUUCGGCGUGGAGUACUCCGAGUCCAAAGGCUCGCCCAUCGACCUCCUCAACCGCCUGGUCCUCACCGACGACUUCAAGCGCCGCGUGGCCAACCUCUCGCCCUCGGCGGGCAUCGAGGAUCUCCGCAGCCUGGUCUCCUUCCCGCUCUCCACCACCCCACCUCCUCCUCCCCCGGCCUCCUCCUCCUCAGCCUCCAGCUUCACCUCAACGUCCUCUAAACGACCUCUGCAUUCGUCACCGUCAUUAUCAUCGUCUUCUUCUUCUUCUCACCAGCUGUUCAGGAGCAGCUACACUGGCAGUGGUGUUGGGGCCGCUUCCAGGACUACUACUACUACCUCCUCCUCUUCCUCCUCUUCCUCUUCUUCGCUGUACGGUCCUCCCAGUAAAAAGCCCCGAUCGGCCCCUCGGCAAGUCUUCAUAGUGCCAUAUUCCCAAGGCGAGCCGCUGAAGGACGUGGGCUGUGAGUUCUGUGGCGAGUACUUUGAGAACCGCAAGGGCCUGUCCAGUCACGCCCGCUCCCACCUGCGCCAGAUGGGCAUCACCCAGUGGUCCGUCAACGGCUCCCCCAUCGACACCCUCCGUGAGGUCAUCACCCGGCGCGGGCUGCCCUGCGCGAUGCCCCUCAGGCCCCUCAAGUCCCCUCCACCCUCCCCCGGACCACUCCGGGUACCCGUCUCCUCCCCAUCACCACUACCUCCACCUCCACCACCGCCACCGCGACCCCCUUCUACCUCCUCCUCCGCCCAUUCAGGCAUGCUCCUGGGACGCCUUCCGUUCCCCUUCACCCACCCGCCGGGACAGCACCAGCCCACGGCACGCAGGAUGGAGCUAUCAGCCUCCACCUCCAGGAGCUCCGCUGCCAGCCCCCCUGCCACACUCCUCAAGCCCAAACCGGAGCCCGUCCAGCUGGAGGUCACGGCACCGGGCUCCAGGGUGGAUGGAAGAGAUGGAGGAGAGGGUGGUGGUGGUGGUGGUGGUGUAGGAGGAUUGGGCUUCAACACCGCUGCAGAGUGCCUGUCCCCCAGCUGGCUCCGUUCAGAGCCGCUCCACCCCAUCAGCAUGGCCAUAUCUCACGAGUCUGAGCCUACGCGAGACAUCCGCUGUGAGUUCUGUGGCGAGUACUUUGAGAACCGCAAGGGCCUGUCCAGUCACGCCCGCUCCCACCUGCGCCAGAUGGGCAUCACCCAGUGGUCCGUCAACGGCUCCCCCAUCGACACCCUCCGCGAGGUCAUGCGCAAACAACAACAACAACAACAACAGCAAGGAGGCUCCUCCUCAUUCCUGGCACCCCUCCCAUCCACCUCUCCCUCCAGGGGAGUCAAGAAGGAGCCUCGGCCCGCCAGCAGCAGCCCUCCCUGGGACGGCCUCCACCACCAGCCCCCCCGUAUCUCCCGCAAGCCCACCCUCAGCCUGCUGGCUUUGGGAGCCAGGCACCACAAGCCCGGCCUGGGGCUGGUGGGGGUGUCUGCUGGCCCUGUGGGGAGCAGGUUCUUCACGGUGGUGUCUCCUCCAAGCAAAAGGCCUCUUGAGGAGGACGGGCGGUCGGCUGACAGGGGGGGCAACCAGGCUGGUGGUGGGAGUGGUGGUGGUGGGUCCCAGCACCUGAAGGCCUUCUCAGCUGUGCCUCAGGAUUACUCGCUCAAGGGGAAAUCGUCGCCAGACAAGCAUGGGGUAGGCCACAUGGAUGCCAGCUGUGAGCUGUGCGGCUUCUACUUUGAGAAUCGCAAGGCCCUGGCCAGUCACGCGCGGGCGCACCUGCGGCAGUUUGGCGUGACGGAGUGGUCGGUCAACGGCUCCCCCAUCGAGACGCUGAGCGCCUGGAUGCGCAGCCGGCCCCACAAGGUGGCCGAGAUGCAUCGUGGGUACAUGCAGAGCGGACGCUCCGGCUCUAAGAAGAGGGGUAGUAGCUCCUCUUUGUCGCCCUCCUCUGACUCCGGCCUCCCGGCUGGCCUCUCGCUAUCCCUAAAGCCCUCCUCAGCACUGUGGUCGUCUCUGUCUCAGAGCCGAGCGAGGGCCGCGGCCGCCGCAGAGGGCACCGGAGGAGGUCAUCACUGGGGUUCCGCAAGGUCAUCCGAGGUCAGAGGAGGAGGCAGCAGGGCGUCGUCACAGCAACAGGGUCAGCACACCACCCCUCACCUGUCCAGCUCCGCCCUGCCACACGCUCAGGUGGCUCGCAGUGAGCUCAACGUCCGCUUACCUCGAGGUUUCGAACGGCGCCCUGUGAAGCACCCGUCCCACCCUGAGGCGGGCGAGAGAUCGCCAGGUCCCCCCAGACCCCCCCGCACUGGCACGAUUCCCGCUCUGGUGCCCAAACCCCCCUCCACACCCCUCGUCAAGGUGGUGGGCAAAAUGUACUCCCUCAAGUGCCGGUUCUGUGAGGUGGUGUUCAACGGUCCGCUCUCAGUUCAGGAGGACUGGAUCCGCCACCUGCAGCAGCACAUCCUCAACCUCAACUACUCCCCGAAGCCAGCCACACGCACCUCCACCCCCGAACCCCACCCCAACCCUAAACCCGACCCUGACCUCUCCUCAGACCCCAACGACACCACCAACCCCAAAUCCAAGACCCCAUCUGAGACCUCCUCCACGCCACCACCACCGCCACCUCCUCCUCCUCCUCCUCCACCAGCCUCCUCUGCUACCUCCUCACCCUCCUCAGCCGCCAUCGCCAUGGCCACAGCCACAGCCAUCGCCACGGCCACCGUGGUGACACACCCCCACCCCUCAACCACCCCGGCUGUAGCCAGCUCUCCUCCCCCGACACCUGCCCUGACACCCACACCUGCCUCCCCUACACCAAUCCUACCCACACCCACACCCACUGGAGCAUCCACCCCCCCAACUACAGCCACAGCCACAGGCUCUGGCCACCUUCCCACUGUGUCAGCAGUGGCCAAGUCUCUUCCUAGUCCCACCACAUAGUCCCCCACUCCCCAACCUCUUGUCUCCUCUCUGUGGAUGUCUUGCCUUCACCUUGCCUUCGUUACUGUGUUCAUACGCCAUCCCUCUCCUUACUUACUGUUAGCAAGUGGUCCUCCUUCCAAAGGGAGGCGUUAGAACUGAUAAUGAAAUGAAUUACGUGUUACCCCGAACAGAACAGGACAGUAAGGACGCGUACUGUAUGAAAUCUUGUGCUGCUUCAAAACAGUCACCCCAGUGACCCAGGAGGUAGAGGAGGAGUAGAGACAGAGGUGCAGUAGGAGGAGCCUGGAGGUGUCUGGGUUGUCUAUAAGAUGUUGGGCUGUCUGGGUUGUCUAAGAUGCUGGGUUGUCUAUAAGAUGCUGGGUUGUCUAUAAGAUGCUGGGUUGUCUGGGUAAGGCUGCCUGGGUUGUCUAAGAUGCUGGGUUGUCUGGGUAAGGCUGUCUGGGUUGUCUAUAAGCUGCUGAGAGGGUUUAUGCUACCUCAGAUCAUCAGCAGAGAGGCCUUCCUACCUUCUUUGUUUGUUUUUUUUUUAAAUGUUUUAACUCCUGUAUCCUCCUUGGUCUUUUUAAUGUGCAACAAUCAUGAAUUUGUGAGCACAUACUGUAAGAUGUGGACAGAGUAGCUGACCUAAGCUUAAGCUCUCUCUUUUUCCCUAAAUCUUUCUUUUCUUUAUCUACUUUCUUUAUUUUCUCUCUGGUUCCUUCCUGUUGCCAAGCCUCUCUGGGGUUUUACUAAGUGGCUCUCGUGCCCGCCACAGUAGCGCCACCUAAUGGUAGUCGAUGGCCUUGUUUAUAAAUCGGAACUGAACUCUGUGAACUCUGAACUCCUUCUCCUGCCAAUUCAAGGCAGUGGUAAAAAAAAGCACGUAUUAGUGUGCAGUAUCGUUUUUAUUUUCAGUUUUCCAUUAUUUUGGCCAGUGUCUUUGUUCACUCUUAUAGCACCUUGUCAACUUUUUCUGUAAAAAUCAUAGCGAAAAGUAUUUGCUUCAGGCCAAAGCCUACAUUGUCCACUUGAAGUGGCAAGGGAUGAAAUCCUGUAGAAUUGAAUGUGUCUUAUUUUUACGACGAGAAGAGAAAAGAAGCCACAAAUGCCCCAAAGCCCCUUAAAUACCGUGCCACAAAUGGACUUUUUACAGUGGCAUGGCGACCACCAAAAUGAGUUUUUAAUCUGCACCUUGUGAUCUAAACAAAUGGCACACAAAGAGAACGUCGGCACUUUUUGAAACGAACCGAGA